AUGAAGGACAUCGGAGAGUCGAAGGAGCACCAACUGACUGUGGCCUUAAGGAUCCGGCCCCUCAGCGAUGGCGAGCAGGAGGAGGUGGCGACGAUCGUGGCCCACCGUCUUGAUGAGCAGAUGGUAAUUCUGAUGGACCCCAUGGAGGAUCCCGAUGACGUCUUGCGGGCCAACCGCUCCAGGGAAAAGACCUACAUGUUUGACGUGGCCUUCGAUUACUCGGCCAGUCAGGAGGAGGUGUACCGUGCCACCACCAAAGGCCUGAUUGAGGGCCUCAUAUCAGGCUACAAUGCCACUGUAUUUGCCUAUGGACCCACAGGUUGUGGUAAAACGUACACCAUGUUGGGUACCGACAAGGAGCCCGGAAUCUACGUCCGCACCCUCAACGACCUCUUCCGGGCCAUCGAGGAAACCAGCGAUGACAUGAUGUACAGCGUCUCCAUGUCCUAUCUAGAGAUCUACAACGAGAUGAUCCGAGACCUGCUUAACCCAUCUUCAGGUUUUUUGGAUCUCAGAGAGGAUGCCAAAGGAGAGAUUCAGGUGGCGGGCAUCACUGAAGUGUCCACCAUUAAUGCUCAAGAGAUCAUGGAGUUGCUGAUGAAGGGCAAUAAGCAGCGCACGCAGGAGCCCACGGCUGCCAACCAGACAUCGUCGCGCUCUCACGCUGUGCUGCAAGUAGCCGUCAAGCAGCAGAGUCGCUGCCGGGACGUCUUGCAGGAGGUCCGCUUUGCCCGCCUUUUCAUGAUCGACCUAGCAGGCUCUGAGCGAGCAGCACAGACCCAAAAUCGGGGUCAAAGGUUAAAAGAGGGCGCUCAUAUAAACCGCUCCCUCUUGGCACUGGGCAACUGCAUUAACGCGCUGAGUGAUAAGAACGGCAACAAAUACAUCAACUAUCGAGACAGCAAGCUGACCCGACUGCUCAAGGACUCUUUGGGUGGGAACAGCCGAACUGUCAUGAUCGCUCACAUCAGUCCCGCUUCCGUGGCUUUUGAGGAGUCCCGCAACACGUUGACAUACGCCGACCGUGCCAAAAGUAUUCGCACACGGGUAAAGAAGAAUCUUAUCAAUGUGUCCUACCACAUUGCUCAGUACACCAACAUCAUCUCGGAUCUUCGCUGCGAGAUCGAGCGGCUCAAAAAGAAGAUUGCCGAUCAGGCAAGCCGCCAGCUCGCCCCCGACCGAGCUGAUAUCCGCCAAGUCCAGGCUGAGGUACAGGCGCAUUCCUGUCAGCAAAGUCGAGCUGAGAUGGACCAGCUGAGGGAGCAGCUUCUGGACGCUUUCCGCCAGCAGAUGGAUAUCCGCAGAAACCUGAUGGAACUGGAGAUCAGCAACACAGAGAUCCAGAUGGAUACCUCCAAGCAGCUCCUCACCAUCGCAGACUGGGAACAGGAACGAAGCAGGCGACGUCGGAAGUGGCGAGCAGAGAAACGAAAGGAAACUACUACCAAGGAUGAUAGCGAUAAGGACUCUGAUUCACCAGAGUCACCGCCGGAUGUAACUGAGACGGAGGAGGUGGCCAUGGCCAGAGAGAACCUAAUGGCCCUCAUGAUAGAACAGAAGAAGCUGCAUAAACAGAAGGCACUGCUGGAGCGCCGGUUCCUAGAACUCCGCGACCAGGCUCGGCAACUGGAGGAGCUACUACCGCGGCGAGUGAGCUCAGAUGAGCAGCGCGAGAUCCUUGCUCUACUGUGCAAGGUCCACGAGCUGGAGAUUGAGAACACCGAGAUGCAGUCGCACGCUUUGUUGAAAGACAACGUGAUCCGCCAGAAGAACUUCGUGGUCCGACGAUUUGAGAUGCACCGGCACCUUUGCGACGACCUCAUCCAACAGCAGAGGCAGUUCAUUGACGAGCACAGUCUACUAGUGCCACCCCACCUACAGGAGCUAUACGAUAUGUACACCAGAGAACGGGAUGAAAGGAAACUGGACCGAGCUGUGGCUCUGGAUAAGGUGACCACCUACCACACCAUUAAGGGGGGCUCUCCACCCAAGAUCGGGCUGCCUGCUCAAGAUGGAGACACCAUACAGGACAGGGACUGGGAACAAGAGAGAGUACGCCCCAAGGAAAGACGAGGACAUACUAAACUGCGCCGCCACACAUUGCCGCCCAUUCUCCCUGAACCUGAACAGGACAGUGACAGAUUUUUCAAGAAUAUCGCUCAUGCACGCCACAUGAAAAUAUCAUCUGUAAUGACCCCUCCACCUAUCCACAUCAACGGAAAGAGCAACAGAGAGCUGCAGCCUGUAGCUCCACUGAGCUCACUAAGCUACAAUCACCUCAGCCACAGCGUCAGCAGCCAGCUUGAUUCUUCACCCGAGAGCAGUGAGGCUGGGGCUGACGCCCCGCUUUCACGAAAUGAGAAGCAACAGCUUUUGAAAGGUAUCCAGAAUAUUGCGGUGAAGGCGGCACGGCGGCGCUCCAAAGCACGGGAACUGGAAUCAUUGUAUUUACCGCCCGCCCCUUCGCCUUUGGAGCCCGCCAAGCAAAAGAGAGGUCUGCCGUUACGGCAUGGAAGACAGCCCAGCCCCGAACUCCGGCACGCCACCUCAGACGACAAUUUGUCCAGCAGCACAGGCGAGGGGCCUGGCCUACAAGCUACCUGGACGCGGAACCACAAGCUCACCGGAAAGAACCAAACUCACAGAGAGGCUGACUUUGAAGCACGCCGCAAGAAGAGGCGCUCGCGCUCUUUUGAGGUCAACGGACAAGCACUACCUCAUUCCAAAAUGAGCACGGCCGCAAGGCUCCGCCCCUUGGACAGCACGUCCGAGGCACACCUUCACAUCAGUGGCCAGUCCCAGAUCCCUGCGCUCCGUUCCCAAUUCAGAGGAGUCCCGCCUCUUGCCAAAGUCAGGGUACCAAUCAGCAGCCAGCAAGCAGGCCCAAUCGCAGAUACCCACACUGCCCAGGCACACAACCUGAAGCGUAUUCCCUUCCUGCGACAGCCCCAACCGCCAGUCUACAUCACCGCCCCUGGCACAAUGGGGGUCCAGCAGCGACAACGGCGACACUGA